AUGGCUCCUAAACCCUCGGCCCCUUCUUCCUCCAGCAGCAAGAAAAAGAACAAAUCAUCCUCUAUCACGCCAAUUGACCCCACCUCAUCCUUCACCCCGGACUCCUUCGAGCGCGAGCUCAGAGCCCUCGCCGCCAAAGCUAAAGGCCAAACCUGGACCAACUGGGCGCGCACCCAAGCCGCUGUCUACCUCCGCGCGGCCACCCUGCUCACCCUCAUCGCCGCCGCCUCCACUGUCUCCCAACUCGCCCUGUCGCCGGCCUAUGGCUCCAUCCCCUCGGCCAGAUGGCACGCCAAACUGGUCAUGGCCGCCUGCUUCGCGGGCUGGUCGUCUAAUCUGUUUCUGAACAGGGUCCUAGCGCCUGUUCGGCCGGAGACGCUACUGCCGAUGAUUGCGCUGUGGAUUCCGGUGGUGCAGUUCGCGCUGGGGAAGGUCAGUGGGCUGUUGACGGCUAGCUGGGGACCGCUGGUGACCGAAAGCGUGACGUUGUUCCCGCUUGUGGCUGUCUCGGCGGCGUGCGUGGCCACGUAUCUGGACGGGGCGGAUUUGUCGGCCUUGCCAAGAUGGGUGGCGGAUGCUGCGCCCGGGUUGGGGUCGUAUGGGUUUUUUAAGGCGGCGGAGAAGUUGUUUGGCGGGUUGAUCGAAGGGUACGUCGGGAGGACUGUGGUGAACACCAGGCUGGUCAUGGAGGUGGUACUCGGGGCGGCAUAUGCGCUCUUUGCGCCGUCGAAGUUGCUGGUUUGGACCGUGCCUGCGUUGCUGCACACAGCAUUCCUGAAUACACAUGUCCCGACAUCCAUGGCGCUGGCGCGGUUGAACAGCGGCCUUGCGCCGGAAGGGUACGUUGUCUUGGACAGGGCCGAAUCGAUCACGGGCUACGUGUCCGUGGUCGACAGCCCCAAGGAGGGAUACCGCGUCCUGAGGUGUGACCACAGCCUGCUGGGCGGGGAGUGGGUCAAGCUUCUCGGGCAGGGCCAGCUCAAGGGCAACCAGGUGGCCGAGCCCAUCUACGGUGUGUUUGCCAUGCUGGAGGCUGUCAGGUUGGUGAGGACUCCCGAGCCUAUCGUUGACUCCGAGGCGAAGGCCCUCGUAAUUGGGCUUGGCAUUGGCACCACGCCAGCCGCCCUUGUAGCACACGGCAUCGAAACUACCGUGGUGGAACUUGACCCGGUGGUCCACAAGUUCGCCUCCAAGUACUUCCAGCUUCCCAGCAACCAUACCGCUGUUAUCGAGGACGCAGUCACCUAUACCUCGCGCCUAGCCGCCGACGCCUCCGGCUCCCGCUUUGACUACAUCAUCCACGACGUCUUUACAGGCGGCGCUGAGCCCAUUUCCCUCUUUACUCUAGAGUUUCUGCAGAACCUACACACGCUGCUCAAACCAAACGGCGUGGUCGCCAUUAACUAUGCUGGAGACUUCACCCUCCCGCCGCCGCGGAUUGUCGUCAACACCAUCAAAUCCGUCUUCCCGACCUGCCGCAUCUUCCGCGAGCACCCGCGCGACGACGCGGACUUCGCUAAGUCGGGACGAGACUUCACUAACAUGGUCAUCUUUUGCACCAAGAAGAAGCCCUCUGCCGACGGAGAGAUCUCGUUUCGCUUGCCCACCGAGAGGGACCUGUUGAAUAGCCCGUCGCGGCGCGCCUUUCUGAUGCCGCAGCAUGAGGUGCGAAUGAGCGAUUUUGUUGGUGGCGAGGAAGGGAAGGGGAUAUUGAGGCGGAAUGAGACGGAGAGGUUGGUCAAGUGGCAUGAGAUGAGCGCUUUGGGACAUUGGACUGUUAUGAGGACCGUGCUGCCCGAGGCCGUGUGGGAGGCUUGGUGAUGUUGGAUACCUGAGCUGGGUUGGGGGUUUGGUCAUGGGAGAGGGAACGAGG